AACAGUAUACUCAGGCUUGUGACUGUUUACAGUAAACAACCACAAGCAAAUGGACUCAGUGUAAAAGGAGUGAGAGUGUUUAUAAUAAAUAAAGGUGGGUAGUGCUCAGUGAAGCAAUAAAGAGAAAAGCUGAAGUGCAAAAUAAGGAAGUAGACAACAGAAGGUCUCCGAAUUAAGGGAACAAGGGGCAAGAAGUAUAAGCAAGCUGGUUAAUGAGAAAACUUGUUUACAAGGAUGAAUGACUUCAACAAAGAAGAUUUAGAUUACUGUCUCCAGACUAAGGUGGCUAUUCGUUGUCAGCAGGUCUCAAAGGUGGUGGAAGAGAUUAGAGACAUUUUCCAGGCUCUCACAUUAGAUGUCAGUUCCAAAGAUUCACGUUUUCAACCGAUAUUAAGCUGCUCAUACAACACUGACAGCAUUAAGGAGCAGCCAGCUAUACUAGCCAAGUGGUCAGCACUGCUUAAUGGACAACACCCCUACCAUCCAGCUAUCCAGGUCCUCUCACCAACAUUCUUUGUUAUCUAUGUUCCCCUGUUUGGUCUCACUGAAUACAAAGAUGUUAAACAGAAACAGUGGCGGUACUACACGAUAAGUGGUACAAAGCUCCUGACUCCUGUUCGAGAGCCAGAGAAACGACACCAGUGGCUGCGGCUGGAGAACUUCCAGAGGAAUUCAUGGGGGUGGAACAAUGCUGAUGUCAUCACUGAAGGUGAUAUUGUCCCUGCUAAAGUCAUGGAUGUUUUUAGGGAUCUGCUUAAGAAUGCCACCCAAAACUGCAAACUUACGGAUAAGGUUAGCUUACUAGAAACCAUUGGUCCAGUCAUUCGAGUUGCUGUGCAAACCUUGGAACUCCAAGUGGAAGCAGAGCUUGUUCCAAUGGUUGAACUUUCCAGUUGGCCUAAAAAAGCACGCUGGCCUAGAUUUCUGCAACGGUGGCUACCACGUGAAAAAACACGAUGUGUCAAGUCCUUUGGAUUUAACCUUACUGCCCAGUCCAAUUAUCACUGGCAGCUCUCCUUUACAAGAUCUGAGCGUGUGCUUCUACAGGGAAUCGAUGAAGAUGGUGGCUGUAGGCUGAAGUGCUUUCGAGUUCUAAGACAGCUGAAGGAAGAUGUCUGGUGCCCUUCAAGUAGACCAGUCAUUACUUCUUACCAUCUGCAGACUAUUCUGCUCUGGUCCUGUGAAAAGCACCCUUAUAGUAAGCAGUGGCGGAAUUUUAAAAAAUGUUUCAUGCGCCUGGUGAAGAAGUUAUACAAAUGUGUGAGGCAACGCUUUCUAAGGCACUAUUUUGUGAAAGGACAUAAUCUUCUGAAGAAUGCAAAUGUUCAUGAAAUGGAUCUAGUGGCCCAAAAACUUGCAGAUUUUCUUAAGAAUCCCCAAAUUUAUUUUCAGUGAAUUUCUUUAAAGCAAAGUUUUAAACAUCUUUGGAGCACUUAUUCAUUAUGAUUAUAUUACUGUUUUAGAUAAUGUUCAUAUAACAAUUUUAUGUAGUGUGUGUAUUGUGGAAGAAAUGUUAUAUUUUACUGUAGAUUUUUUAUCUCCUGUUUAUUAGCUAAUGUUAAAAAUGCGUAUGUAUGUAUGUAUAUAUGUAAACACCUAUGUACAAGCACACAUGCAUAAAAAGGUUUUUUUUUUUUUUAGGAGAGCAGAAAGAAAUCUAUGAAUCCUAAAAUGGUAAUGCAAACAAUUAUGAGUCAUUUUGGUCUUUAGUCCCUCACCUGCUCCAUCACAGCAGCAUGACCUUUUUAAUCAUUUACUCCAUUACAUGCCUACAUACAAUGUAAUAUCUACACUGACAAUGGUGUAUCUGCACUGACAAUGGUAUUUCCAAGUCUGCUAGUUCCUCUGCAGUCACCGAAUGACAUUCUAAUCACUCAGGCAAGUGUUCAGUCAUCAGGAAACUCUUAACAGAAUGAAAUUCUUUUCUCUAGCAGCAGAUAACCUGGCACCUCACUUUCUUUGAAAAGCAGUCAUCAGUCUAUUGCCCAUUUAAUGAUAAUCAGUCACUACCUCUUGUUGUUAGUAACCUCUCAUCCAUUAUCCUAAUAUUCUUCAUCUCCAAACUAUUGGAAAAAUGCAUUCACAUCCAUGUUGUUUACAAUAUUAGCACCAGUACCACUUUUCCUAACUUAACAUGGCAUGGAGACUGGUUAAAGGUGACGUACGUACCAGUAACUUUUAAAGUCGAUAAAAUAAUUGGACAUGGGAUCUUUAGAAAAGUUCUGCAUACAGAAUUAAACCUCUAAAUGUUUUGUUUGAACAUUUUUGUUAACGUCACAGAUCACUCAGUGAUUUGGGUACACAUACAGUCGUGAAUAAAAAAAAGUACGUAGAUUUUUUUCUUUUCAUGCAUUAUACAUAUAUAGUUAAUUUCCUAAAUAUUAUUGAUCAGUUUAACAUUUCUUAAAUUGUUCAAGUCCUGCCUUCCCAGAAAUGUCAUUCCUUCUCCUGAAUAUAAUACUGCACUGAUUGUUCCCACAGAUUCUAUUUAUUUGUUUAUAGUUUGCUCCUUCUCUUUUCUAAAGAUCCCACUUCCGAUUCUGUUACCUACUUUAAAACAUUCUAUAAUUCUGUUAUGGUUGGUUUAUCUUUUGAUUUCCAUUUUCUUUUACUAAUUGCUUUUUUUUUCAAUCAAUAGCAUUAGACUUAAUAAAAUUGUUUAGGCAAUUCAGUUUCUACAGUCCAGUUCUAAAGAAUCAUUUCCUUAGUUAAAAUAAUUUGCUCCUCCAACAUUUUUAAAAUUUAUCACUGGUUUAUAUUUUCUGAAAUCAUGUUCCCAAAUACCCCUCACUAUCCCAUCACACCUCCAACAAUUGGUGUCUACCCAUGGAAGAAUUAUCUGAAGUCUACUCGGGGUAUAAAACGAACUAUGCAAACACUCCCUCGCAAAAACCUUGUAGAUUUUGUUGAAUACCUGAGAGCCACACAAAUAUCCUCCAAUUGUAUCCUUGUAUAUUGCCUUACCAUUCUCAUUUCCCAGUCUUUUGUUUACCUCUUCUGAUUGAUUUUUAUAGUUAUUGUGCAUUAUUUAAUACGGCCUAUUAAUUAUUCUUUAUGUUCUAGCAUCAGCUAUAAACUCAACCAGAGUCUUUCAUUUAACAUUCUCCUGUCCCUUUCUCUUUGCCUGUUCUUUGCUAUUAAUCCCUGAUAGGCAGUUUCCAUCCCACAGUCCAGAUUUCUGCUUGGCCUCAUACUAGUUUUGACUUUUCCCUCCCUAUUUAUUUGCUUCCAGUACCUUGGUUUCUUUGUUAAUUUUCUCUAAUAAACCCCAGCUCCUUCUUUCUUGUUUUCUAUGUUCCUAGUCAUCCUUAUCGGUAAAAUGUCCUUUCUACAUUGCUGUGUUGGCUUAGUUCUCAUACUUCUUUCUGCUACUUUGUAAGUAUAUUACUGUCUAUGAAAGUUAUUGUUCUGCUUAAGGAACUGCAUGUAAAACCCUUCUCUAUUUUGUGACCCCCCCAUUUCAAAGUAAUUUCUUAACACUUUGAUUUGAACACUUUACUCAUUUAAUGUAUUGUUCUGUGAGGUGAAACAACUUAUAAGUUCAUAGGUUCAUAGGUAGGUACUAGGCUAUCGGCCCUGGGGCCUAUAUAAGCCUAGCCAAAAA